AUGGCAUCCAGUUCCACUAGCAGCCCCAUGUCGGCCCUCCUCGGCGCCGAGUACAGCGACAGCAGCAGCAGCGACGACGAAGCCGCGCCAACGACGGCGCCCCGUGCGGUGGCCAAGCAAUCUGGCAUCGCGCUGCCGUCGGUCGACGAUGUCUUUGCGACCACACAGCGCCCGACCUUUCUGGACAAGCCCGUCGCCGCUACGAUGAACGUCUUUGACGUCGAGGAGAAGCCCGUCGCCGCUACGAUGAACGUCUUUGACGUCGAGGAGAAGCGCGUCGCCGGCAACGACGACGACGACGCAGACGACGACCGCGAUGCAGCAGCGCCACUGUCCAACCAACCUACGUCGCCGAAAGGCCGUAUUGUCAACAGCAUCGAAGAGUUUCCAGGGCUCUCGUCGCCGACACGGAGCAUGCCCAAGAAGCGGACGCGCGGCCAGCCAGCGACCGCCGCCCCAUCCAAGCGCAAGGCCGACGACAAACCAUCGGGCAAAGACCGUGUCAAGGCGCAGCGGCUAAAGGGUCAGUCGGGGAUUGGCAGCGACUUUCGCGGCUGGAAGUCGGAGACCGAGAUGCAAUUGCGGCAGCAAUACGAUUAAGAAAAAAAGUAUCAAGUUGAAACUCGCGAGCAA